UAUUGGCUUGGUAUGACCUCUUGUCAAUCACAUAUGCCCGACAUUCAAUCCCGAAUCAAUAUGAAUCGCCUGUCCAGUCCAACUCGUAUUCUUCGCCACAUCCACAAACGUCUGCGCACAAUCAUCCAACUUCGUCUCCCGCUUCAACGCCGCCAUAUUCUUCAACCCUGCAAUCCUCUCCUCCCCAUACAAAUUCCCCCAAUCCGUCAACAACAACCCGGGCAAAAUCGCAUUCACCCGCACUUUCCCUCCACUCUUCGGACCUUGCGUAUUCGCCAAACACUUCAUUAAAUGAAUCUGCGCCGCUUUCGUCACACUAUACGCCAUGCUGCUCCCGGAUAACGAUUUUCCUGCCACACUCGACGUCAUGAUGAAUACACCCCCAUCGGGAUUCGCCUGAAAGAUGGGCAUGGCUGUUUUGAGAAGAGCGUGAUUGCCUUUGACGUUGGUAUUCCAGCAUUUGUCCCAUUCGUCAUAACUCAAAUCGUCCAGAUUGUCGAAUUGGGAGAAUCGAGUCCAUCCUGCGUUGCCGAUGAUAAUGUCGAGACCACCGAGUGAUUCCACGGUUUCGCGGACGCAGCGUUCAAUGUCCGAGACGUUGCCUGCGUCGCCUUGGAGAACUGUUGUUUUGAUGUGGUAUUGGGAUUCGAGUUCGCGGGAAAGUUCUUUCGCCGGAGCUUCUUUACUGUGGUAGUUGAUGGCGAUAUUGCUGCCUUCUGCGGCGAAUUUGCGAGCUAUUUCUGCUCCGAGUCCUCUUGAUCCGCCUGUGAUGAGGACGUUUCUUCCUUGGAGUGUAUACGGCAUGGUCUGGUGGUGACGCUGGAUUUUAUAAGGGACCCUGACGUGAAUAGGCUGAAACUUGAUGACCCCGCCUAGACCUUCUAAGUUCGCAGGUUGGCCGAGGAUGGAAAGAAAGUGUCCUAGGCCAUGUCCCAUUCGGAUAUACUGUCAUGGAGAUCGACCUCCUUGGACGCCGAUUCUAUCUUUCUUUACUGAUUAGAAAACAUCCAUUCCACAUUACCAGCCAGGGAAGAAAACACCGCUAUGACGAAUCCUAAGCUCAAGCUACUCAACAUGCUCGACCAAGGCCAACCGGUCAUGUCCACUUUCAUGGCAAUGAGAGGCAUGCGUCUAGCUCAAAUCGUAGCCAAUACAGGUCUGGAUGCCGUAAUAAUCGACCGCGAACAUGGCUACGUCGGUGACACGGACAUGCACGAAAUGGUUUCCGCGGUCGUAGCCGCAGGGGCAUCUCCCAUUGUUCGUAUCAGAGGCCCAACAGGACCGCUGAUCAAGCGAGCCUUAGAUAGUGGAGCACAUGGACUACUCGUUCCCAUGAUAGAUACAGCCGAACAAGCUCGAUCGGUAGUUUCGAUGGCCAAGUUCCCCCCACAAGGAGUGCGUGGGGCGGGUUCGGCGUUUGCGUACUUGGAGCAUGGGCUCGCGACAACAUCGGAGUAUGUGGCCAAAGCGAAUCAGAGCUUGGUGACGAUGAUUCAGAUUGAAUCGAGACAAGGACUGGAGAAUGUCGAGGAGAUCUGUCAGGUGGAUGGUGUUGAUCUGUUGUUUAUUGGACCGACUGAUUUGGCCUUGUCAUUACUGGGCUAUACGCCUGCCAAAGGGACCGAGCCGGAGUUUCUCGAGGCGAUGAACAAGAUCGUGGAGACUGCGAAACGGUAUGGGAAGAAGGUGGGGUUGUUUGUGACGGACGGUGAAGCUGCUCGAAAAGCGAGAGAACGCUUCGAUUUUGUUGCUCUCGGCACAGACGUGCGCGCCUUGCAAAGCUUUUAUACGCAGGCGUUGAAGCAGGCCAGAUCGUAACAGCCCAUCGCACUCUCACUGGUCUCGAUGCAGAUGCGGAGAAGGUUGUCUCUGAG